AUGAAAGUGUUUAUUGUUCUAGCUGCCUUGUUAGCUGCAGUCUGUGCCCUGCCCAUUGAGGACCGCAUCAACGGCGAGAAUGGUUGGUACAUUCCCCGCAUUGAUGGCACCAGCGAGUGGAUGGAUCUCGCUGAAGGCGAGCAACUGUUGGAGAAAGGUGCAUUGAUGGAAGGACGCAUUAGCACUAAUGCUGUUAACUUCUAUCUGUACACCAAGUCCAAUCCCACCGAUGGCAAGAAAAUCGAAGCCAAGGAAGCCUCCAUUCGUGAUUCCCACUUCAAUAAGGAUCAUCCCACUCGCUUUGUGAUUCACGGCUGGACCCAGAGCCACUCUGACUCCAUGAAUACUAGAAUCACUAAGGCUUGGCUCUCCAAGGGUGACUACAACAUCAUCAUUGUCGAUUGGGCCCGCGCUCGCUCUGUGGAUUAUGCCUCCUCUGUUAUGGCUGUGGCCGGAGCUGGUGGCAAGGUCGGCGACAUGAUCAAGUAUUUGAAUGAACAUCACGGCAUGUCCCUAGACAGUCUGUAUGUUAUUGGUCACAGCUUGGGCGCCCAUGUCUCUGGCUACGCUGGUAAAACUGUUGGCGAGGGCCGAAUUCACACCAUCAUCGGUCUGGACCCCGCUCUUCCCCUCUUCAGUUACAACAAACCUAACAAGCGUCUGUCCUCCGGCGAUGCUCAUUACGUGGAAUCUAUUCAGACCAACGGUGGCAAGCUGGGUUUCCUUAAGCCCAUUGGCAAAGGUGCCUUCUACCCCAACGGUGGCAAGAAGCAGCCUGGUUGUGGCAUUGAUGCCACUGGCUCUUGCUCCCACGGCCGCUCUGUUACCUAUUACGCCGAGGCUGUUACCGAGGAUAACUUUGGCACCAUCAAGUGCGGCGACUAUGAAGAUGCCGUGGCCAAGAGGUGUGGCAGCACCUACAGCAGUGCCCGAAUGGGAGCUGAUACCAAUGCCUACAUGGUCGACGGUGAAUUCUAUGUUCCAGUGAACAGCAAGCAACCUUUUGGCAUGAUUCACUAAUCUAUGUAUUUUUAAAUGCUUAUGAAUAAAUAAAUGCAAAUAA